AUGGUCAUCAAGGAGAAGGAAGUUCCCGACCAAGGGGAGCUCCAAAGUAUCAUGACAACUGUGGUCAGUCCAAAAAUAAUAAAAGAUUUGAGAGUAAAUGCUACAACUGUGGAAAGAAGGGCCACAUGGCGAAAGAUUGUUUGGUCAAACAAAAGGCCCGCCAAGAGUAAUAUUGCUACUACUUCCAACCUAAAGGAGAAAAGUGAAGACGAUUGCGACGCUGAAGCAUCUCUCGCUAUAGAGGAAGAUAAGUUAGCUCUCAUAGUAAUGACGCAUGAAUGGAUUGAGUACAAGUACAGGUGGGCCUUUAAAUUGGAAAACUGA